AUGGCAAUGUCUCGCUCAAGCUCUGCUUCAGAGGGCGAGGUCUCGGAUACCCGACACAAGGCAAACACAGUCAACUCGCGCAACGAACCUGCGAUUAACGGCUCAAAUAGGUCCUUUGGACUGGAUGGUGCCUAUGAUAACUACCGCGCCUUGAGUCGCUCUCCAUCGCCAUACCGCCGCAAGCGCACGCCAUCACGAUCUCCGUCGCCAUAUCGGAGAAGCCGCGCCGCCGACCGAUCGCCAUCGCCUUACCGACGAAGCCGAGCUGAUCAAGCUGGGAAUGAUUCAAGGGGCUACAAGCGCAAGGCUUCUCCGCCGCGCAGUCGCCCUGACAAGCGAUACCAUGCUGAUCGUAGCAGGCACGGUGACCCUCGACGAGCUCCGGGACCUCACCAGGCAGGUUUUGUGAAGGAACGGGAAGACGUACCAGACCGAUCGCAUGCGAAGCCUAUAUCAUACGCUGAGGUCGAGAACCCAAAUCCGGUCCCAGACUUCCGAGAGCCUCUUCCAACCAACAAGCGACCCCAGAACUCGCGUUAUGGUGACCAACAGCGCGAAACGCCUCGCCAGAUGCAACAACAAACCGGACAGGCAUCGUCUGAAGGCUCCAAGUCUCGAGCAAAACAGACAAGCGUGACAGAAGAUGUCAAGAUGACGUCCGUUGACGAUACUACUGAUUACACCCCAGCUCCUGUUGAAGAGAAAGUCCCUACUCAAGAGUCACGCGAAGAGAAGCGUCGCCGUUGGGCUGCUAUACGCGCUGCUACUGAGCAACAAAGGCCGAAAGAAAGCCUUCUUCAGCAGGCCGUCCUUACUAACGCGUCAGAAGCGACAACGCCCAACGUUGCUUCUCCAGCAGCCUACGCAGACAGUCCCAUCUCACCAUUCGCGUCGCCCCGCAAUGGCGACCUCGACUCCGUACCCGCCUCACCAGACGUCAUGAUAAUUGAUAAGCAGGGUGGGUUCAGUGCUGGUAACAGUCCUGCGGCAGCGAGUCCAUCAGCGGCGGAUUACGACCCGUUACAGGACAUGUUGGACGACCGUGAUCGAGCAGCCAAGAAGAAUCAGAAGCCUGAUGUAUCCUCGGAUGCGUACUGCGAGACCGACCCGAAAGCCCUUUCUACCCUCCCAGCUGAGAAGGUAGCGCCUGUCAAAAAACAGAAAAAAGAAUUCGACAUGUUCGCUUCUGACGACGAAGAUGAGGAGGAAGACGUUGGAACUGAAGGGGCUGUCGCUGCGAAGGGCACUGUACUCGACGAGAAAAUGCUCGACAACUGGGAUGACCCUGAAGGAUACUACAAGCUGAUUAGCAACGAGCUGGUGGAUGGUGGACGUUAUCGCAUGAUCAAGGGCCUUGGUCGGGGUGUUUUCGCCAACGUCGCACAAGCUGAGGAGGUCAAGACUGACACCGGAGACGCAAAUCCAAGAAUUGUCGCCAUUAAGAUGAUUCGCAGGAAUGACUUGAUGAGAAGGGCCAGUCAGAAAGAAAUGGACUUCUUGCGCAAAGUCAACGAGGCAGAUCCACAAGACAAGCGUCACAUUAUCCGUUUGUUAGGUUCGUUCGACCACAAGGGCCAUCUAUGUAUUGUGUUUGAACACAUGUCGAAGAACUUGCGAGACUUACUCAAGGAGGAGACCAACGGCCAUGGUCUCACGCUUCCGGCUGUCCGCAUCUAUGCCCGGCAGAUGUUCCUCGGUCUCCAACACCUGCAGAAUUGUCAGGUCAUUCACCUUGAUCUGAAGCCAGACAAUGUAUUAGUCUCUGCCGACAAGAAGACCAUCAAGCUUGCCGAUUUUGGUACCGCUGUCGAUAAACGAGACGUUAUCGAGCGCACCGAAUACCUAGUCAGUCGAUUCUACCGCGCACCCGAGAUCAUACUUGGUAUGGACGUUGGCUAUCCUGUCGACAUGUGGGCUGUAGGAUGCACCGUAUAUGAGCUCUGGACCGGUAAAAUUCUCUUCACUGGACGAUCCAACAACCAGAUGAUCAAGUCCUUCAUGGACUGUUUAGGAUGGCCGAGCGAGAAACUGCUCAAGAAGGGACUCGUCAACAACAUUCUCGAUAACUUUGAGCUGGGUCCCCCGCUAAAGUUCAUUAGUCGUGAGGUUGACCAGUACAACAAGCUCUCUGUUCGCAAGAUUGAGCAGCAGAAAAAGAUCAAUCGCGACAUGAAGACCCGAGUCCACGAGGCCGCCCGGAACAUAUCCAGUGGAGGACCAACCGUGGGCGAGUUGAACGACCUAGCAGAUUUGUUGAGCGCAAGCCUACACAUGAACGUCGAGAAGCGCAUAUCGCCAAAGGAAGCUCUUGCACACAAGUUCUUCGCUAAUAAGAAUCCUGCGCCUAAAACGGCCACAGCUGCAAAGUCUGCUGUCGUCAAGCCGCCAAUGAUAAAGCGCGGUACCCUAGUCAGCACGCCUGGUGUUCGUCGGUAA